AUGGUUCGGGUACUUCUUUGCGGCGAAGUCCGCGGCAGGGUCAGAGAGCUGCACAGAGUGCUGCAGCAGCUGCAGAAUAAGGGGCCCUUUGACUUCGCGCUGUGCUCAGGGUCCUUCUUUGCAGAUCCGCAUGACUCGGAGGCAGCAGCUGCAUGCAAGGACUCUUCAACACAAGUGGUGAAGUCUGAAAGCUCCGACCUCCCCGAAAAGGCAGAUCAAAGUGACGUGGCAAGGGCUGUCCGUGCUGAACUGUCGCAGCAGUUCGCAGCAGGUUUCGCAGAGUUGCAGCACUGCUGCAGCUCCCUUCCCCUCCCCCUGUACAUCCUCGACAGGGCCGCAAGCGAGUGCGCACAGAGACUGAGUGCUCGGGUGGACAGGGGAGGCUCUGCUGUGGCUGUUAGAAGCGGGGAAGCGGCUCCCGAGAGGACCGCAAAGGAGGAAUCUGCUGCUUCCGCUGCUGCUGCUGCUGCUGCUAGGCCUGCAGCAGCCGCUGACAGCCCUUCUGGAAAUGCUUCUGAUGUUCUGGUGGAGAAGAAUGGUCAAAAUGAGGAGAAAAAUGGCAUCAAAUCAACUGAACUGUCACCUGCACAGCCGCAGGCGCCUCCACGUGCUCCCAGGUGUACGUACUCCCCGUUGCAGCUGCUCGACAACGUGUGGCUGCUGGCUGGCGCUGGUGUUGCUCAGCUGGAGGGCCUCAAUGUUGCCUUCUACACUGCGCAGCAGACUGCUGAAUCUCCCGGCUGCAACUCCAAUGGAUCCAAUGACCAGCAGCAGCAGCAGCAGCAGCAGCAGCAGCAUGAGAACGGCACGGCCGGAGCCAAGUUUAUCUCGAGCCUUUUAGAUGGGUGGGGAGGCUUCAGGGACUUCAGAGGCAGCACAGACCUCUUCGUGACAACUGAGCCCUUGCUGGGAAUGUUUGACGGGCUUCCCCCGGGGGUGGCGCCAGCGCGUUUUACUCAGCAGCAGCAGCCGCAGCAGCAGCAGCAGCCGGAGCCGCAGCAGCAGCAGCCGGAGCCGCAGCAGCAGCAGCAGCAGGGUGAGCAUGCUGGCCUAGAAAGUAAUGUUGUGAAAGAGGAGGCAGCAGUUGACUCGGAGUCUCCUGAAUUUCAUUUUCGCUUGUGGGUCAUCCUUUAUUAG